AUGUUUAAAGCAGCAAUAGUUCUUGCCCAUCAAUAUAAUAUUAGUACCGGAGGAGAGUUCAUACGAUGGCAAGAAGGGCAAUCUACCGGUGCUGUGAUAGAUGUUGUGGAUGUUGUAUGUCAUGCAUUGUCUACUUCAAAUAUUGUUGGUAUCGUUGGUCCAUAUUUAUCAAGAGAAGCUGAAAUAAUUGCUCCUUUUGCUCAAAAGAUUGGUAUACCUGUCAUAUCAUAUAGUGCAACUGAUCCUGAUCUUUCUAAUCGAAACGUUUACCCUAAUUUUUAUCGUACAGUUCCAUCAGAUGAUCUAGCUGCAUUAGCUCUUGUAAAACUAUUCAUUCGAUUUAACUGGACAUCAUGUACAGUAAUUUAUCAAAAUGAUGCAUUUGGACUUGGUGGAGUUAGAAGUAUAAGUAAUUCAUUUAAUGCAAGUGGCUUAGCAGUUAAACGAACAGUUGAAUUUGAUAUUGCUACACUUAGUAUUCGCGGUGAUUUGAAAAGCCUUUUAACUAAUGCUGCAACAAGAAUUGUUGUGUUAUGGGCUAUAUCUGCUUAUACACCUUUGAUCUUGCAAGAUGCUCUUGAUUCUAAUGUAGUUGGUCCAUAUUUUACAUGGAUACUAAGUUCUGCUAUUUCGAUAAAUUAUUUCAAUGAAACAUAUUAUCAAAAUUUAAUUGGAAUGCUUUCAAUUGAACCAGUUACAGGAUCAGUUGUCAAUGCAUUAAUUAAUACAACAUUAUUAGAUGCAGCAUAUAGUAUAUGGCAACAAUAUGAACCUGAAUCAUUUCCUGAAUCAAUGAAUGUAGAUUAUUAUGCAUUAUUUGCAUUUGAUGCAACAUGGACAUUAAUUCAAUCAUUACAAAAAUUGUGUGCAUCAAAAAUAAAUAAUUCUUCUUCAUGUUUAUCAUUUUUUGAAUCUUCAUAUUGUUUUAAUUGUCGUUUUGUUCAAUCUAAUCUAUUGUUAGAUGCAGUUACUAGAACAGAAUUUCUUGGUAUAUCUGGUCCUAUACAAUUUAGUUAUAAUGUAACAAAUCGCAUAACUGGUUUGUAUUAUACUGCAAAAAAUACUCAACCUUCUUCGAAUGGUGUGAAUUUUGUUCAUGUAUUAGAUUAUUCUCAUCCUGGUGAUUGGCGAAUACCUGCUCAAGAAAAUAUUAUAGUAUGGUCAGGUAAUUCAUUAACAAAGCCUACUGGUCAAGCAAGUCUUAAGGGUGUAAAUUUACGAAU